AUGGCUAAAUCUUCUUCAAAAGCCGCCAAGGUCACCAAGACCACGAAAAAGCAGGAGUCCUCCUCAAGCGACUCGGAGUCUUCUUCGAGCUCGAGCUCCAGCUCGAGCUCCAGCUCCGAAUCCAGCUCGAGUUCCGAGUCUGAAUCCAGCUCUGAUUCUGAAUCUUCCGACUCUGAGUCUGAGGAAGAGACCAAGGCCGUUGCUAAGAAAGAAUCGAGCUCUAGCUCUAGCUCUAGCUCUAGCUCUAGCUCUAGCUCUAGCUCUAGCUCCAGCAGCUCCAGCUCUUCUGAGUCUGGCUCUGACUCCGACUCGUCUUCUGAGUCUUCUGAUUCCGACUCUUCUGACGAUGAGUCUGACGAUGAAGAGGACAAGAAACCUGAGCCAGUGAAGGAGGAGAAGAAGGAAGAGAAGAAGGAGGAUGUCAAGUCCUCCAGCUCUUCGAGCUCUUCUAGCUCCUCGAGCUCUGAGUCUGAUUCUGAUUCUGACUCCGACUCCGACUCAUCUUCGUCAUCGUCUUCUUCAUCGUCUUCUGAUUCCGACUCCGAUUCCGAUUCCGACUCAUCUUCUUCCUCCGACUCUGAGUCAGAAACUGAGGAUCAGGAGGAGUCCGGCAAGCGUAAGGCUUCUUCUUCCGAUGAAGAAGAGGCUCCUGUCAAGAAACAAAAGACUGAAGCAACUCCAGAGGCUACUGGUGAGCCAGCCACCUUGUUCGUCGGUCGCUUGUCGUGGAACGUCGACGACGAGUGGCUCCAGAGAGAGUUUGAGCCCAUUGGUGGCGUCACAGGUGCUAGAGUGAUGUGGGAGAGAGCCACCGGCAAGUCUAGAGGCUACGGUUACGUUGAUUUUGAGAGCAAGGCUGCUGCCGAGAAGGCAUUGGCUGAGUACCAGGGUAAGGAGAUCGACGGCAGACCCGUCAACUUGGACAUGUCUACUGGUAAACCGCAAACACCCAAGCCUCAGGACAGAGCCAAGAAGUUUGGUGAUGUUCCUUCAGCUCCUUCCGACACUUUGUUCAUUGGUAACUUGUCAUUCAAUGCUUCCAGAGACAAGUUGUUCGAAGUGUUUGGAGAACACGGUAACGUGAUUUCUUGCCGUAUUCCAACCCACCCAGACACCCAGCAGCCCAAGGGAUUUGGUUACGUCCAGUAUUCUUCUGUUGAGGAAGCCCAGGCCGCCUUGAACGCUUUGAACGGUGAGUAUCUUGAAGGGCGUCCAUGCAGAUUGGACUUCUCCACGCCAAAGGAGCCAACCUCGAGACCUGGUUCAGCCAGGGGAGGCCGUGGCGGCUUUGGCGGAGGCCGUGGUGGAUUUGGUGGCCGUGAGAGAUCGGCCACGCCUACGAGAACCGGACCCAGCAGCGCCCAGUUCCAGGGCAAGAAGAAGACUUUUGACUAA